AUGGGGGAAUCUGAACCCGUUAAAAUAGAGGAGGCUUUAAGUGAUCCAAAAUCGAUUUGUGCUAUGAAGGAGGAAAUGGAAUUGAUUGAUAAGGAAAAAGACUUGGGAGCUAGUUAUUUUCCUCAAGGUAAAAAGCCUAUAGGUGUGAAAUGGGUGUACAAGGUCAAAGCAAAUCCAAAAGGAGAAGUGGUGAAGCACAACGCUAUAUUGGUAGCUAAGGGAUUUUUGCAAAAGAAGGGAAUAUACUUUGAGGAAGUGUUCGCACCACAAGAAAGGAUUGAAACCAUCAUAUUGGUGUUGGGAUUACAAACAACAACAAUUGAUCCAUUUAUCAAAUGGACGUGA